UUCCAGUGUGGUGUAAAGGAAUUCAUUAGCCAUGGAUAUAUUCAAGAAAGGACUUUCAAAGGCCAAGGAGGGAGUCGUGGCUGCCGCUGAAAAAACCAAGCAGGGUGUGGCAGAAGCAGCGGGAAAGACAAAAGAGGGUGUCCUCUAUGUAGGCUCCAAAACCAAGGAGGGUGUGGUGCACGGUGUGACAACAGUGGCUGAGAAGACCAAAGAGCAAGUGACAAAUGUUGGAGGGGCGGUGGUGACAGGUGUGACAGCAGUAGCCCAGAAGACAGUGGAGGGAGCAGGGAGCAUUGCAGCUGCCACCGGCUUUGGCAAAAAGGACCAGUUUGGCAAGAAUGACGAAGGCGCCCCACAGGAAGGAAUUCUGGAAGAUAUGCCCGUGGACCCCGACAGUGAGGCUUAUGAAAUGCCUUCUGAGGAAGGGUAUCAGGACUACGAACCUGAAGCCUAAGACCUGUCUUUGCUCCAGCCUCCUGAGAUCUGCUGACAGACGUUCCAUCCUGUACAAGUGCUCAGUUCCAGUGUGCCCCGUCCUGACAUUUUCUCAAAGUUUUUACAGUGUCUUUUGAAGUCUUCCAUCAGCAGUGAUUGAAGUGCCCACACCUGCCCCCGCCAGCGUUCCGGUGCUCCCCCCUCACUGACCUGAAUAUAUGGUAGCAGGGUCCUUGUGUGCUCUAGAUAUUGUGGCUUCAAAUCUAAAAUAUUAAAACCAAUUAAAAACACCUAAGUGACUGCCACUUAUUUCUAAAUCUUCACUAUUUUUUGGUUGCUGUUG